AGAGCGAAAUCGAUCGUCAGAAAAAAGAAACCAUACGUAUUGAAUUACAUAGGUAGUAAUUUGGCAAUGUUUUUUCGCAGUGAGCGAGCUUUAUUUAAAACACUGCUACACUGCGCCGAUCGCUUUAAAUGACAAUACGAUUUGUUAACUAACGCAGUAUGAUUUACACUUUCGUUUAAACAAUUACGAAGUCACGUGACCACUGCGCGGGCACAAUAGGACGUUGCUAAGGCACCUCGUGACGUUUGGCGGAUCUAAGAGACUUGCGCGCCACAAUCGGAUCAGUACCAUGUGCUCAUCGUAAUAAUACAGAGAAUAACAUAAGUGUUACAUGAAAACGGGACUGUGAACACACUUUAUUUGGAUAAUUACUUUUCAAAGGCGGAAAUAUGGCUACCAUGCAAGCCGAAUUUGAGCGCAUAAGAGAAUCCGGGAGAGAGCGAUUACUUCAGCUUGCCCAACCGAAAGAGCCGAAGAUAGAAUGGUACACCAGUGUCGGACCGCAUGUACGCUGGGGCACACAGGAAAUGAUAUGGCCAGUGAAACCGGAAGCGUUACGGGCAGACUCGACGGAACGACUAGACAUCUUAGCAUUACCCAAAGUCAACUUUAUGAAAGGAGAUAAAAUCAAUAGGCCUCAGUUCUUCUACAGCUGCGGUCGCUCCUCCGUGAUCUGGAAGGUGAAGGACGGCGCCAAGACCACCGGAUCCACGGAGCGCCUCAACGUGCUCGCCGAGCCAAAGAAGACGCACAGGGAGUUCAAGGAGGACCGAAAACGACUCACGAAUGCGCCGAAGAUCAAUUUUCCAACAAUCGCCCAAUUCAAAUACAGCUGUGGACGCCAGAGCCCUAUUUGGACCGUGAAUGUCAAGGCCAUGUCCGGCACAGAGCGGCCCCUGAUCAGCGAGUUGGCAAAACACAAGAUGCCCCACCGGGACUUCCAGCCCGAGAAGCCCAUACAGACCCCAAUACCGCCGUCCGCUUUGAAAGCCGAAGCGACGGAGCGCCUUCUGACGCUAUCAACACCGAAGCCGAGAAACGAGGGCCCCUUCCGGGAACCGGACUGGGAGGUAGCGCGUAGCGCCAAGAACGCCUCGGCAUCUACCCGCUGCUUAGAGCUGGCGAGACACAAACCCGUCAUCGACGGCUACCAGAUGCCACGUGACGAGCAGUGGUCGGUCACGCGCGCCGCCAAGCGGGCAUCCGCCACCGGCAGGCUCGAGGAGCUUUCCAAACCGAUCGUGCGCGCCACUAUGGACCACGUGCAGUUCAACCCAGACGCUUUCCUUGUCAAGCCUCUGGCGCUCAAAGGAUCAUUUCCGCCACGUGUUGAACAACUGUCGCGCCCGAUUGAGCGCUAAUUUAUUGACGUUUUUUUAUUAUCAAUAGUUUUGUAAAUACUUUUAAACAUAUGAAUAGCAAAUAUUUAAUGGAACACAGUUCUUUUUACGUGGUUUAACACCCGAACGAUGUGAUUUUGUGUUUAAAAAGAAAAUAAAGUAUUGUUUCAUCCGGUGCAA